AUGGCGUGCAUGGCUCUUGGAGCAGCUGCCCUGUUCCUGAUGCUAGUUGCUGGCCUGGAUGAGGGAUUGGCAGAAAACACUUCUGCUUGGUCGACGUCCUUACAGAGUUCAUCUGAGCAAGAGUGGACCUUUGAACUCACCACGAGUUUCUUGCAAGAUGUUCCAAACCUGACCACAACGUCGACCGUGACAGAGAUGGUGAAUGUCACUGUUGUCUCCGACGAAAACUUAGAUGCUGGAUUUUCCACUCGGGGCGAUGAGGUUCAGACUGUCACGUUGCAGAGUAGCGCAUCCGCUUAUGAUGAAUCAUCCCAUUCUGUCCCAUGGAGAUGGCACUACCCAACCUGGUCAUGGUGGCAGUUGGUCCAACUAACGUCCUCCGUACUUGGUGUUGUCGGCCAAAUGCUUGUCAUGGUGGUUAUUUGGCAACGCCGGGCCAUGAACCGUUCUGCUGAUACCCUAAUCGGAGCUCUAGCGGUUGCGGACUUCCUGACCUCUGUUCUGAUCUUGCCAUUGCCGGUGGCAGUUAGUGUGCCAUCCACACUCCUUGGAGAAAUCUAUUGCAGGUUUGUCUUCAAUGGUUUCUUCAUGUGGUUGGCAGUCGGAGCCUCCAUCCAUACCCUUGCUUUGAUAUCAGUAGAGCGUUUAAUAGCCGUCAUGUAUCCCAUUCUUUUCAAUCGUUACUCCAGCAGAGAGAAGGCAUCCGUUGCCGUUGCAGUUGUAUGGCUGGAGCUGAUGAUUACGACUCUUAACCUGAUUUUGACUUGCAGCGUAGAGGGCGUCAGUCAUACCUGUGUAUUAUCCUUUCCACCGUCACUUGGCAAGUUCUUCGGCGUUAAAACAUUCCUUGUGUAUUUUAUAAUCCCUGCUACGGUAAUGCUUCUAGCUCAGGCGGUGACUGCGGUCAUUCUUCACCGAAAAUCGAAACAGUUCAACGAAGGCAAAGCCCUUCAGAACAGGUCUAAGAGUCUCUUGACUGCUAGAAAACGGGUCAUCCAGAUGCUAUUCGUGGUCGUCCUGAUUUUCAUCGUAUGCUGGGGUCCAAACAAUGUUGCUUACUUUCUCUUCAACUUUGGUUUUAUCAGCAGGAGCUUUGCCUUCAGCAGCAUAAAUCGCAUUCUCACAUUGAUUGCCUUCUACAACUCUUGUCUGAAUCCGAUCGUUUAUACGGUUCGGCAUCCGGAGUUCCGACAAGCUAUCCGCGGUUUGAUUUCGGGCUCAAAAGUGCACGGAGGGGCGUUAUUUGAGUACAAAACUGAGCGAAAGGUUCCGCCGACAGGACAAAAGGUUGCUUGA